ACCAGCUGUGAGGGCAGUCUCAGAAACCAGGACUUGGCCCCUCAGGCACUUGGAGCUGCACGAGGGGGGCAAAGGAUCCCCCAGUGCCCCCCCCUGAACGGGGCCGUGUCCUGACUGAUGGGGCUGAGGGGGACGAGGGGGUGUCAGACAAGAGGGGAAAAACCCCCCUAAAUGACCGGGGGGUGUCAGCUCCUCCUGCCCUGCCUGGUUCUGACCCUGCCAUGGCUGCAGCAUUUCUGCCACCACCCCAUCCCUGAGAGAUGCUUCUUGGGGAAGCAACACCAAAUAUCACCUGUCACGUUUCAGCCUCAUCCCCUAAAAACCUCAAUCACAGGCUUUUUGAGUUAAUUUAAUAAAUUAAUUUGAUUAAUUUAAUAAUUUUCCACCUGUUCAGCCCAACCCUGCACAUGUUCCUGCACUUCCAGGUGAGCCCCCCCCUCCUCCUCCUGGCUGGGGACAGGACCCCUUUCCCCGGGCACAGGGGAGGCUGCAGAAUACAGAGAUAUGUUUUAAAAAAAACCAAAGAAACAUAAAAGGCCUGGUUGGUGCCAUUUCCCGGGACCGGACGCGCGUUGGUCACGAGGUGAGAAGGUGUCCGAGGCUGGUGUCGCUCUCGGGACACGCCAACGACCUCCAGAGCCACCAUGGCUGGGGAAAUGGGUCAUGCCAAUCUAAGAAAUCCUGGGAAUGAGCCUCCUCCGGCUGAGAAAUGUCCUGCUCCUGCCCUGUGCCCGUGGUGGCACAGAGUCCUCCUCACAGCCGGGGCGCUGGGGCACCUCGUCCUGCUGGUGCUGGUGGUGCUCCGAAAUGUGAGUGUUUUUCAGGGCUUUCUAGGUCUGAGUGACAGCAGAGUUGAGAUCCAGGCCAGGAACCAGACGGAGCGAUGCAUCUUCCCAUCCCUGGUGCGGUACUUCUGCCAGCCCCAGGGGCAGAGUCCCCCAGCCCCUGUUGGCUGCAAGUUGUGCCCCCAGGACUGGCAGCUUCGUGGGGAGAGAUGCUACUGGCUCUCCAAGGAAUCGGGAAACUGGACUCGGGGCAGGAAAAGCUGCAAAGAUCAGGGCUCUGAGCUGGUGGUGCUCAAGAACGAGACAGAAAUGGAGAAUGUCGAGAGUGUCACAGGCAGACGCCCACGGUCGGUGUGGGUCGGGUUGAGGUCACGGCAGAAGGAGUGGACGUGGGUGGACGACACCCCCUAUGACCUCCACAGGUUUGGGGUCCUGCAGGAGCCAGACAAAGGCUUCUGUGGGACCCUGAAAGGCAAGAGCUUGGAGGUUGAUGGCUGUGACAGUGACCACAAGUGGGUUUGCCAAAAAGCCCCUUUCCAGCUCUCCUCGCCCACGGUUGGGAAGUUGGGAUGAUGCCUCCACCUGACACACUCGGGCAAUGGACCCCGUGCGGUACAAAAAAAAAAUUUAUUACAAUUUUUUCAUGGUUUAUCCACCUCAUUACAUCAGCAGUAAAUUACUAUUAGUGACUUUUCUCUA